AGGCUUUGUGGUGCACCAUUCAUGAUAUCAUGGCGUGGCCUCGCUUUGGGCAUUGGGGGGGCGUGUGCGCAACCAGAAAUUUUUGCACCGCUUGUGGAAGAACUUGGAAAAGGCAUGGCCCAAGAAUUGAAGGGUCGCCUGGCAGAUGUGCUCCGGUACCACUGGCGGAGUAAACAUUUCUUGGACGUCCAAGCGACACUUCCUGAGACCCUGGACUGGUCCACUUAGCCCUCUCCGUGGCGUAGCUAUUUGGGUGCGCCAGCAGUGCGUCUGCCCACCGCGUUGCCAGAUGCUGUGUGCCUUUGUCGUUGAAUUCUUUGGGCAGUUUCUUGCGUUUGGGUGCUGGCAUUUCUGCUUGGAAGAGCUACGAUGGGGUUCAUGCGUGGGCUUUACGUGUUGCGCCCUCCUCGGGUAACCUGCAGACGACAGAAGUGCACUUGGUGUUGCCCCCACUGGAAGGGCUGGCCCCUGUGACGGCUGCGUAUCACUAUCAGCCAGAGAUGCAUCACUUGGAGCUCCGCCUAGAAGCUCCUCAGGAGUUGGUGGGCGGACACCAAUCCUCAGCCUCCGGCUUUCUGGUCAUCCUCAGUAGCCUUUGCGUCAGAGAGGCAUGGAAAUAUGGAGAAAGAGCUUUGAGGUCUUGCCACCUCAAUCUGGGGCACAUGCUGCAAGCGUUGUCGGUCUCUUGCGAGCUUCAUGGCUGGAUCAUGGAGGAAGCUUCGGGUGCCUUGAUCCUGGACCCGGUGCUGCGGCGCAUCCUCGACGUCCAAGACGAGACGCCCGAGCUGGCGCUGUGGGUCACCACCGGCAGCGAAGGGUCGGUGCCGGCUAUGGCCUGGGCGGAGGAGUUGAUGGCCGUCUAUCAGCAGGCACACUUGAAGAGUCUGGGCGAUCCAUCGCCUUUGAGCGCCACACCAGGGACCAUCUACCCAGCAUGGCCUGUCAUGGAUGCAGCGCAAGAGGCUCUGAAACUUCAACGGGAAGAUCUAGCCUUGCUGGAUGGGGCGGGGGCUGAGGCCUCUCAACCAAGAGGGCGCUGUUUGCAUCACCUUGGCGCCCAGUUGUUGCCCUCAGUGCUGCGGCGCCGCAGCGCACUGGGCUUUGUGACAGAACAGUAUCCACAGGAGGAGUUUGUACGGAUGCUGAGCGCCAGCUGUGAGUGUGCCAUGGAGCCACAACUGUUGAGAGCUGGAAGCAGGAUGAAGAUCCACUUACUUCUCAUGCUUCACGAUGUUGAGGGCUUUCAGCCCGGUCUCUACCUCCUGCAGCGCGCCCGCGACGAGAUGCUGCCGGGCUUCGUCGAGCCGCCGCUGAUGGAGGUGCUGGCGCUGCAGGGCUGCACAUUGUGGCGCUUGGCCGCGGCAGACGUGCACCACGCUGCGCAGCUCUCCGCGUGCGGACAAGACAUCGCCACAAAGGGCAGCUUUGCCGCAGCCUUUGUGGGAAAUUUCCAUGGCUGGACACAUCCAAGGAACUACGCGGAGCUGCUCUGGCAGUCUGGGGCUUUGGGCCAGGUUCUCUACCUGGCUGCUGAAGCAGCGGGCUUUGGAGCCACCGGUAUGGGUUGCUUCAUGGACGACAUAACGUUGGCGCUUCUGAGAUCCCCUUGGGCCAUGGAGUCCAAAGCGAAGAACGACUCCCAAAGCUUUGCGCCCAUGGAAUCGCAGUACCAGGUGCUCUACCAUUUCGCAGUUGGAAAGCCCUCGGUGGAUCCGCGGCUUUUGAGCUUCGAGGCUUACCAGCACCUGCAGGAUGGUUUCUACUACGAAGCUUUGCAGGGCGGCAUGGGGCGCAUUGUGCAAGCCUCACCUGUCGGUGAAAAAAUGCCUGUGGCAGGGCUUCAGUGGGGUCUUGUUGGGGUCUUGUUGGCUGGAGAUGCAGUGUGA